AUGUCCACAUCCGUAGACCGUGGUGCUUCUAGUGUGGCCGAGGAAGCGGUGACGGGUGUACAUUCCGGGAGAAUUGACGAUGAGGAGGUGGAGGACGUGUUGAGAAUGCUGGAGGAGGAGGCCGGAGUCAUAGCCGCAGAUGCGCUGGCUGGUGAUGAGCAUGACAAUGCAGACAGGGUUGACGGAACUGAACGAACUGACAGGUCUGACAGGGCUGACAGGGCUGUGGAAAGUGAAUCUCGUGCGACAGUGAAGGUCGACACUGUGAAUGCUAGAUUGGCUGACCAACCAGAGCACAUGGGACUCACGGAGAGCAGAUUGGGGGAGUUGGGGAGCAGUGAGCAGGUGGAGAAGGGGAGAGACAGCAGCAAGGAGCCGGCAGCGGCGGGGGAAUGGGGAGGGCUUGACUCAAUGUUUGACCCGGAUGUGCUGGCGAGCUUUGAAGAGGACUUGAGGAGGGAGUGGGAGUACAGAGUCUCGUUGGCGGAGCUGGUGGAGCAGGAGGAGGAGGAGCUGGACAGAGAGGCGCGGCAGCAGCAGGCGGGUGUGGGUGAGGAGCAGAAUGAACAGCCUGAUCAGGAGCCACGGACGCAACAGUGUGAGGAGGAGGAGGAGAGAGAGCAAAUGCAGCAGCAGCAGGAGAAGGAGCAGCAGCAGGAGGAGCGACAGCUGGAGUCAGGGAGAAUCAAUCCUGCAGUUCGGGUUCCAAGGAGGACUAUAUCAGGCAUGAGCGUCGCUUCAGAUGGAGCUAUCAUCAUCGAUGGGUUCGAGGACUUCCUCAUGGAAGCAGAGGAAGAAGAGGCGGCUUUCCUGGGGCUGGGGCAGCAACGGACUUUUAAGUCGGACAGCAAUAAAGAUCCAGCACAGGUACAUCAAUCUCCCCGGGUGGCAAUUGAAGCAGACGAUGGGCUGGGCGAUACGCAGGAAGCGGGUUUUGAGGAGGAUUCCCUGUUUGAUCCAGAGCUUCUAGCCACCAUGGAGGCAGUUUUCCACAGGCAUGAUCCCGCUGACUGGCGCCGCCUCACUCCCUUGUCCAGUCCCAUGCGCCAAGGACCAAACUCUCCCGCACCCGAUUCCCCCGCACCCAACUCGCCUGGAGCUUCCCUCUUUGCUCCUGGUUCUCCCGCCGCUGCAGUCGACGCCAUGGCUGCCGCUGUGGGGAGAAUGAGAAUUCCAGCUCGGGCAGGGCAGAGUCCUCGGCGGGGCAAGCCGCCGUUGCAGAGUCCGAGGGCUCGGCUGACUAGUCCUCGGCCCCAGGCUCCAAGCCCACGCAGGUCCUUCAGCAGCAUGAGUCCCCGCAGAGGGGGAACGGGUGAGAGUGCGCGCAGGGUAUCAACGGGUGAGAUUCCUCAUGGUGCUGUGUGGGGGGACGGGCAAAGGGCGGGGAGCAUUGCAGGUUCGGGCCGGGGCUGGUUGACUCCGGGGCUGGUGAAGUCUGGGAGUGGAGGUGUGGUGGGCUUGGCCAGUAUGGUGAGUACUGAAGAGGGUAGAACGGAAGUGUCUGGGCGCGGUUUACAAGGGGCAGGAGAGCAGCACACAGGUGGUUCGGGAAGGGAGGUGGAUGAUGUGAUGCAGACUGCGGCUGCAGCUGAGAUGCAUGGUCCAGUGGACUCAGGUGUCCUUGAGAGAGCUGAUGCCAGCUCAGGCAGUGCUUCAAGGGCCCUUGAGCCGAGUGCUGGGUGCUCUGGUGAGGCUGGAUUCAGAGCUGGGGAAGCAGGAGUUGAAGCUGCUGAUGUGGCAAGAGCUGGCAAUAGAGACGUGUCUUUCUCCUCUGUGGAGGUGGGGCGCCUGAGACAGUCUGGGGGCUCUGGGUUGGUGGGUGAAGCCCAGACUGCCCUUGGAGCCAUGUUUGAGGAACGAGAUGUGUCCAUGCGGGUUCACUUUCGUCAGGAGUUGAAAACCCUCAUGGGAAGCGCAUCCUUGUCAGUACCGCACCUCUUUGUCCGUGGCCGCUAUAUAGGAGGAGCUGAUGAUGUUCAGCAGCUGCAUGAACAAGGCCUCCUUGUCUCAAUCCUAGAAGGGCUCCCAAUCAACAUGUCACCUAGAGACAGGUCUGCAAGUAGACACUAG